UAGACGUAACAUAAUAAUAAACAAGCACGAGCUAUUCUACGUCUUAUUCUUGUUAUUGUCUUACUUUUCAGAAGUUUUAUGUGCGUCUUGCCAAAUUUGAUGUAGUUCAGUUUGGCGCUAUCGUUUGCGUCGUAUCGUAUGAUAUUCUGAACGAUAAAAGUAAGAAGCAAUUAUUAGUUUUCAAUUUAGCUGUGUCUAAGAGAAUGGAAUCCUUACAGUGUCAAGACACUUCUUUAGUUACUUUAGAAGUACAGAAACUAAUAGUGAGGGUGGAACAAGGUAGUCUGUUAGGAAUUAACAAAAUUACUUCUGAUAAUGUUGGCUACACAGCUUUUCAAGGAAUACCGUACGCGACACCACCAAUCGGCGAAUUAAGAUUUAGGGAUCCUGAGCCUCCCCAACCCUGGAACGAUAUCCUAAACGCAGCUGAAGAAAGCUACAAUAAAUGCAUACAGUUGCAACAAACGCACAGCAGUAAUCUUUGUAAGACUGCAUGCGGUAGAGAGGAUUGCCUUUACCUUAAUAUUUACGUACCGCACAAUUCGAAGCGAAAGAUCGAAAGAAGACCGGUUAUGGUUUGGAUCCAUGGGGACGAUUUCAUUUCGGGGUCAUGCAUGUUUCAGCGGUUGCAACCUGAUUAUUUUAUGGAUAAGGACGUCAUUGUAGUUUGCAUAACCUACAGGCUAGGUAUCCUCGGUUUCUUAAAUAUCGGCCACGAGGAGGCCAGUGGGAAUCAAGGAUUAAAGGAUCUGGUCGCAGCAUUGAAAUGGAUCAAUGUAAAUAUCGCCAAUUUCACCGGAGAUCCUAACAACAUAACCAUUUUCGGUCAUGGCUCAGGCGCGAUAUGCGCGCAUUUGUUAAUGAUAUCGCCGAUGUCGAAAGGUCUCUUUCAUAAGGCUAUUCUCCAAAGUGGCGUCGCUCUGUGUAAUUGGGCGGUGCGAGAGAAUCAACCGGAAGCUUUUCAGCUCGCGUCUUUAAUGGGCUACAAUUUCAAGGAUCCCGUGAAAAUUGUUACAUUUUUCCGAGAAUUAUCCGAUGAUGAAUUAGUCAUAAAGACAGCUAUGGUUACCAAUGUAAAAGAUUUCAAGAUGGUGGUAUUUGGACCUACAAUCGAUAGAGCGGCGAAAAAUCCUUUCCUUCCCUGCCCCAUUCGUGAUUUGAUUGACUACGACAAUGACAUACCGGUCCUUAUUGGACAUAAUUCUCACGAAUUCCUCCACUUCAUGAAAAGAGAUAAGAAACUAUUAAAUUUCUGGACGAUACAAAAAAAUUUUUCGCGCCAUGUGACCGACCUUGUGGGCUCUAAUAAAUCGAAAAUUGUGAAAAAAAUGAAUAAAAAGAUUACUUCGUUUUUCUUCAACGAGCAGCCACUUUCGCGAUGCAGCCCCCUUAGCGUUAUAGACUGCAUGAGUAGUAUUUAUUUUAAUAUUCCCAUUCACACUUUUGUGGAGAUUCGAAGGAUGCGGAGAAAUGCGACGACUUAUUUUUACAUAUUUGCUUUCUCCGAUAAAGUAACAGAACUCAAGCAAUGGCCUGGAACCAUUAUAACUGGACCUUCCCAUUCCGAUGAAGUUAAAUAUUUAUUUAACAAUUUCAAAAAUAAAAAAUGCCCCAAAAUGACUGAUUCUUAUCAAGUGAUGCAUUCUCUCACGACCAUGUGGAGCAAUUUUGCGAGGACGGGAAAUCCGAAUAUCGAGACUAAAUUUAUGAAGACCAUCUGGCGGCCAGCUACAGAGGAUAGCUUUCAGUUUAUGGUUAUUGAUCAUCUUCCUACCACCGAGUAUAAAACCGGUACUUUCCAAUUUUACCCGUUUCUGGAAGAUUGGUAUUGACGCAUUCGUUUCGGCCGAUUUUUACUUGAAGAUCACACGUCUUGUUCUCCGAAGAAAAAUUCUCGGAUGUAUCAAGUUACAGAAAUUUUGACAAAGUACUCGAACUCUCGCACAGCAUGUAUUUAACGCAUGUAUUUUACGAUUGUGUAUCACGUGAUGUAAUGAAUAUUAUUAUAUGAGAGCAAAUAUUUCAAUGCGCGAUCUUUGCGCACGCGCGCGCGCGCAUACAUUUCCCUCGUCCCUCUUCCUUUUUUCAAGUCAUAUAUAGUGGUAGCAGAGUGACCGACUGCCCAGAUCGUCGCGCAACUUUCAUAAUUAUAUAAAAAAAAGUAUCCUUCAGAGCACUUUAUAAAAAUACACGUGGAAACAAUAUAAAAUCUCGACAGUCAAUUUCACCGGAAGAACAUAUAGCGCGAAGAUACGACAAAGUGACAACCCGUUUCGUAUUCUUUGAUCCAAUGAAAAGAGAAGACGAGACAGAAAGGGAGUGCGUGCGCUGGAAACAAGGGGAAGAAAGACAGAUAACAAAAGAGUCAGAGUCGCCGGAAAGUUGGGCAAACUCUCCGGGACGGGCGGCAAGUGAAAUGUUUGAGCUCGCGCUCGAUCGAGGGUUCGGGAGAAGCGCGUUUCCUCGUUCUCUCGCUCUCUUCAAUGAUUCAGUCGGGCGAAUCGAGAUAAAUACAGUUAUAUUCGGACAAAGAAGGGGCCGAGUCACUUUUGUCUCGUCGUGCGGGUAACCAGAGUUCAAUUCCCGAGGGCAGUCUCUCGUAUCGCCUCGGCGUCUUUCUGUCUCCCCUCCUCUCUCUUCUGCUUCCUCUUCUCGCUCUACUCUUCCUCGCGUCCCGCGUAUUUACCGUAUUUUCGCAGGCAACAGCGUCGA